UGCCGAUCAUUAUACACCGUUCGAUGUUUAAAUAGAAUUUAAAAAAUAUAUUUUUAAGCUGCAUCGAACGGUGACUGAGAAUACUAUUAUCAGGAUAAUCCACUUUAUCAUGGCCCUAUAUUAUUAUCUAGAGCCCAAUGAAAUAAGCUUUUUCGAUGAUAAUGAAAACCCUAGCACCGUCGAAUCGGCUUCCUCCAACUCUCCGGCCGCCGACGAAAAUCUCCGUCAAACUUGCUGCAGGACGGUCAAGGUUGGGCUCCACAUCUCUAGCCCUAGUCCAUGGCAACUCGAGAGUGUGUUCACUCAGAUGCUCAGCUCAGUCAUUCGUCGACAGUUCAGAAGCAUUCACUGAAGCUUCUAAGAAGGGGAAUCUGAUCCCACUUCAUCGUUGCAUUUUCUCGGACCACCUCUCGCCAGUGCUUGCUUACCGUUGUUUAGUUAAGGAAGACGAUCGAGAUGCCCCAAGUUUUCUGUUCGAAUCCGUGGAGCCUGGCAUGCAGGUUUCAAAUGUUGGGAGAUAUAGUGUUGUUGGUGCACAGCCGACAAUGGAAAUUUUGGCCAAAGAGAAUGUUGUUACUAUUUUGAAUCACGAAGAAGGGAAAAGGACAGAGGAAAUUGUCGAGGAUCCUAUGGAAAUUCCUCGAAGAAUCAUGGCGGAUUGGAGACCUCAAUUAAUUAAUGAACUUCCUGACGCUUUUUGUGGAGGAUGGGUUGGUUACUUUUCAUAUGAUACUGUCCGCUAUGUAGAAAAGAAGAAAUUGCCAUUCUCGAGUGCGCCAACAGAUGACAGAAACCUUCCUGAUGUUCAUCUGGGACUUUAUGAUGAUGUUAUUGUGUUUGAUCAUGUGAAUAAGCAAGCUUAUGUGAUUCACUGGGUGCACUUGGAUCAAUAUUCUUCAGUUCAAGAGGCAUACAAGGAUGGAAUUGCUCGGUUGGAAAAGUUGCUCUCCAGAGUACAUGAUAUAGUUCCACCAAAGCUUCCUGCAGGAUCAAUAAAAUUAUUAACUCAUCUUUUUGGUCCAAAACUGAAGAACUCAAGUAUGACAAGUUUAGAAUACAAGAAGGCAGUUUUGCAGGCUAAGGAGCACAUCCUCGCUGGGGAUAUCUUCCAGAUUGUAUUAAGUCAACGUUUUGAGCGCCGAACAUUUGCAGAUCCAUUUGAAGUCUACCGAGCUCUGCGAAUAGUCAACCCUAGCCCUUACAUGACUUAUUUGCAGGCUAGAGGCUGCAUCCUAGUUGCUUCAAGUCCAGAAAUUCUUACACGCGUGAAGAAGGGCAAGAUAACCAAUCGACCCCUGGCUGGAACCAUUAGAAGAGGAAAAACAGAAAAAGAGGAUCUAAUAUUGCAGAAGGAGCUCUUAAAUGAUGCGAAGCAGCUUGCAGAGCAUAUAAUGCUCGUUGACUUGGGAAGAAAUGAUGUCGGGAAGGUUUCAAAAUUCGGUUCUGUGAAGGUCGAAAAGCUUAAGAACAUUGAGAGGUAUUCCCAUGUCAUGCACAUUAGUUCAACUGUCACAGGUGAGUUAGUUGAUGGUUUAAGCAGCUGGGAUGUCUUGCGUGCUGCAUUGCCUGUGGGGACAGUUAGUGGAGCACCAAAGGUGAAAGCAAUGGAGUUGAUUGAUCAGCUGGAGGUUACUAGGCGGGGGCCAUAUAGUGGUGGGUUCGGUGGCAUUUCGUUUUCAGGAGACAUGGAUAUAGCCCUUGCUUUGAGAACGAUCGUCUUCCCCACCAGUACCCGUUAUGACACCAUUUACUCGUACAAGGACGUGAACCGCCGCAUGGAAUGGGUAGCUCACCUCCAGGCCGGGGCUGGCAUUGUGGCAGACAGCGACCCUGGAGAUGAACAAAGAGAGUGUGAGAACAAAGCCGCUGCGCUUGCCCGUGCAAUCGACCUUGCAGAAUCGUCGUUCAUCGAGAAAUGACCACAAAUUUGUACGUCUGUUGAAUGCUUUUGUUUUUAAUCAAUAGUUUCGUAUCUCCCAUUUUCAGUUUCUGUUACCUUUUUAACUUGAUUUCUCGCAAUCGAUAUUUACAGUUUCAUAUUGGUUUUCAUAUGUAAUUUUGACGAGCUAAAUUUAAUAUUUUUGAAA